UUCAACUCGUGCUUUUUUUUUUAACAGAAUUCAGUCAGAUUUUUCACAUUUUUUAGUGAAAAUUUAUAGGUCUUUGAGUUAUUAAAAUUUCAUUAAAGAUCUUCUAAACUGCCUGAAAUAUUAGAAUGUCGGGUAUUGUAAAAACGAAAUUUAGUGAAAGUGAGAAUUCUAUAGAUAUGGAGAAUCCAGAAGCGAAGAUUCCUGAAGCAACUUCGGUGAACGCUGCAGACACCAAAAAGCAAAAAAAGCCCAAGCCCAAUAAUAAGAAAUUGCGUCAAGCUGAAGCUGCUGCAAAAAAGGCAAUGGUAGCUGAAGAUGAAAAUAGAGUGGAAGUGGCUGUGGGAAUGGAAGAAUCAAUAGUGAAUGGUUCUGUAGAAACUGAAAAAAAAUCAAUUAAUCAAAAAAAGAAAAAUAAAAAUAAAUCGAAAAGCGCUAAGAAAGUUCAAACCGAACCUCCUUCGAUACCGGUAAGUGAACUGUUCCCGGAUGGUAAUUUCCCAGAAGGCGAAAUUAUGACCCAUCCAAUACCCAAAGAUUUGGCUGAUGACCGCAAAGCUAAAGACCGUUUUAGUUCGGAAGAAAAGCGCACUCUGGAUCGUAUGCAUACUGAUAUCUAUCAAGAGCUACGUCAUGGAGCUGAAGCUCAUCGUCAGACACGUCAGUAUAUGCAACAAUUUAUAAAGCCUGGAAUGACUAUGAUUCAAAUAUGCGAAGAAUUAGAAAAUACUGCACGUCGUCUGAUUGGUGAGAAUGGUUUGGAAGCCGGCUUGGCCUUUCCGACUGGCUGUUCCUUGAAUCAUUGUGCAGCACAUUAUACACCGAACGCUGGUGAUACGACUGUUUUGCAGUAUGAUGAUGUGUGCAAAAUCGAUUUUGGUACCCACAUCAAGGGUCGAAUUAUAGAUUGUGCGUUCACUUUGACCUUUAACAAUAAAUACGAUAAGUUGUUGGAGGCGGUAAAGGAUGCUACCAAUACCGGCAUUAGAGAAGCGGGAAUUGAUGUACGCUUUUGCGAUAUUGGUGCGGCCAUACAAGAAGUCAUGGAAUCGUAUGAAGUAGAAUUGGAUGGCAAGACUUAUCAAGUGAAAGCUAUAAGGAAUUUGAACGGACAUUCCAUAGGCCCUUACCGCAUUCAUUCUGGCAAAACUGUGCCGAUUGUUAAGGGCGGCGAGUCCACUCGCAUGGAAGAAAAUGAAUUUUAUGCUAUAGAAACAUUUGGCUCUACCGGUCGAGGUUUAGUCCAUGACGAUAUGGAUUGCUCGCAUUAUAUGAAAGUAUAUGAUGCUCCUUUUGUACCGUUACGUUUGCAAUCUUCCAAGCAGUUGUUAGCAACUAUAAAUAAGCAUUUCAGUACUUUAGCAUUUUGUAAACGCUGGUUAGAUCGUGCUGGAGCUACUAAAUAUCAAAUGGCUCUAAAAGAUUUGUGCGAUAAAGGCGUAGUGGAGGCCUAUCCUCCCCUGUGUGACAUCAAAGGCUGUUAUACGGCCCAGUACGAACACACAAUUAUGCUGCGUCCAACCUGUAAGGAGAUUGUCUCUCGCGGCGACGAUUACUAGUAACAGUUGGUUGGCUUCGUUUCUUCAAUUUGUUUUUAUUUUUAUUAUUACAUAUGUAUAAAUUUUUUUUUUUUUAUAAUAAAAUUGGAAAGCUUUCCCGAGGCGAAUCGUGUCCUUUGGAUUAGCAAAAAGCAGAAAAUCAUAUUCGGAAAAUACAUCAAAUAAACUUGCAACUGAAAUACAAUAGAAA